AUGGAGAAGUUACUUGACGAUACCAUAUCAGAGCUUAAAUUAGAAACGUCUUCAUUGAAUUAUUCAUUUACUCCAAAGGUUAUCCCUUGCUCGAAGAGUUCUUUCAGUCUUAAUAAUGAUACUCCGGAUCGCGUUUUUAUUCUCGAUUCCAAGUCAUGCCAGAUCCACGUUCUUUCUUCAGAUGAUGAACUUAAUAAGAAAACCUUCUUCCUCACUCCACAGCCGUCAUCGUAUCCUAAAUCUAUUCUAGUUUCACCCAAUCAGAACUUCUUGGCCGUACUUACGGAGACUUCAGUUCAUGUUGUUGAUAUUUCCAGGUUGGAUACUCUAAUUCGUUCCAAACAAACAAAGAUUAUUGCGAAGCUUUCUACGGCUUAUGAUUCUUUAUCUGGCGAAACUGUAAACGUUUGUCGACUCGUGCGGGUUAGAUGGCAUCCGUACACUCCAAAUCUUCUUGUUUUCCUGACCAGUAAUGGGAAGCUUCAAUUUUGCCGAUUUACAUGUUCUUCCGGAGGAUCUUUUAAAUUUGAGGAUGAACUUGUUGUCAAUCUUGAUGCUUCAAUUGAGAAUUCGGAUAAGGAAAACUGCCUUGUCAACUCAUUUGGCGGGCUAAACCUGAGUGAAGCUAUGGGCACUGUUUAUACUGACUUCGAUUUCGGUUCUCCCUUCUUUUUUAACGAAAAUAGAUUUGCACAGGAUACUCUUUUGAGAGUUCCUGUCUAUACCAUUUGCGAGAAUGGCGACAUCCAAUUAGUGAGUGCAUCACCGGUUGAUAUCAGCCAACCUCUUGUUCGUGUAGUUCGCAUUCUUCCUGCCAAUGAGGACUAUUAUACUUUUGAUUUUGAGACUUUGUUGUGUCUUCGUGGUGAGGACGGUGAAGAUCAGCCUGAUGUUGUUUGUUUCGCUAAUCGAGCUGGAAGAGUUUUCCAUGGUGUUUGUCUUCAUAUCCCCCCUUCUGUUCUUUUGCAAUCAAGCUCACGCCCCCAAGGUCGCAGUGUUCCAGUGUUGUAUCUCAUCGACAGUGUUGAUUUGGAGCUACCAAUACUGGACAAGCCCUUGGACACUUCGGCACGUCGCGGUGACGAUGAGAGUGACAUUGACUCUGAGCUAGACUCAUCUAAUGACAGUGGCCAUAAGCUCUUUCUAAUUCCAGCCACUUAUGUCUGGUCAAAAACCACUGGCUUGCCUCCACGCGAUACAACUAGCUCCUACUUCUGCCUGCACUACUUCGGUGUUCAUUAUGUCUGUAUUUCUUGGUUGGCCAGUCUUCGUGAACUCUACUCCUCUUUCCAGCAGGAUGAAAACUCUGGCCCAGAUUUGUUGGCAAAGUUUCGAUCAAACGUGUCUUUUGUGGAGUAUCUCCUAUUGACACAAAAUUUGAACAGUCAAACGAGCGGUUUGAAGAGCAAAGGCCGAGCAAUAAUAGGUCUGCUUCCAGGGAAAAUUCCUCCAAUUACUGAGGAUAAAGUCGACGAUUUAAGCAUCACUAGAGCACCUGCACUCAAUAUUGUCUUUGGAUCGAGUCCCGCCAUUGUGACUGUCCCAUUGCCAAGUCAAUCUAAUCCCGAAUUUAUUGCUCCUUUAUCACCUAUUCAAGAUCCGAGGAAUGAGGCAAAUUCCGACAGGUCAAGGAACGCAAUUCAAGAGAAAGCGAUUCCUACUCGCCCAACAGAAUCGGACUUUGUUAAGAACUGUCGACGCAAUCUUAAAACUGCCAAAUCUUUACGGUUGCCAAUUAUGUCUUCGCAUGGUGAUAACGAUAAUAUUUCUGAAUUGGAGUUCUUUCGUCUUUUCCUAAAGGCCACAGAGUCAUUGCGUACAACACAAAUGAACCAGUACUCUGGACUCACAUCGUCAGUGUUGCGACACGCGCAGGGCGUGGAAGGCGCAUUGGCAGCACAGUCGGAGGAAGUGGCUGCUUUGGCGGAUGCACGAAAUGACCUUCACACCCGCGCUUCUCAACUCACCGAUCGCCAUGCGUUAAUCAUUGAACGCCAGGAAGCCCUUAAUCAUCGGAUCUCAGAACUUGCGCGUCGCAUUUUCAGUACAGACGCUGGUUUAACAGAUGCCGAAGUUGAUAUGCGAGAUACCGUGCAAACGCUUCGUGAUAGACUCAAAUCGGGUUUGCUGGGUUGGCUAGAGAACAUCCGUCUACAGUACGAUCAUCUCACCACGCGCCUGAAGCAACAGCAGCGUACUACAUCUGUAUUUUCAGUAGCAGCUAAUUCUGGCAGCCCUAUAAGUCCUUGGAGUGCCGAUAGAUCUGAUAGAAAUCAACAGAUGCCAACUCUCCCAUUAUCCCAGACACAGAAUCUCAUUUCCGCUCUGAAGGCUGAGGGCUCUGAAAUUGAUGCUCUUGUCAAAGCUGUCGAGAAGAUCAACGUCAUGUCUAAAUUCACAUCCCCACCCUUUAAUCAGUCAGCGCUGUCAUUCAACAGCUAA